AUGCGCGUUCAAUUGACACCCCUCCUCACUGUCUUGGCGGUAUCUGUGCAGAUUUCCAUGCUCCCAGGAGUAUCCACGAAGUCCAUCAUAGAGAAAGAAUCAGAUGGGUACGUCGCCGAUGCAUCUUGGCUGUCCCUCUUCAAGCGUGAUGAUGGACCGUCUGGCGAUGGGGAAUGUGACCCUUGCCAGGCCUCCUGUUCGAUCAACGAAGUCAAACGGUUCUCCGAAAGUGACCCCGAGACCAUGGAACUCAGGACACUCCAUGGAAACGCAAGCCAUACCGAGCCUUGGUUGCAUGGCGAGGUUGCUCGCUGGGAGGUCAUCGAAGGUCGUGCGAUGACUCUUGCGUUCAACUGUGAUACUAUUCCGAACGUUUGCCAGAACAUGUGUUUCGGAGCGGCAAAGGAUUCGGGACGACUCUCACUGUCAGCAAAGCGACCGCCAAAUGCCAGAAUGCGCGAAAGAAAAACUCUUGUGGAUCAAAGAACCCGAAUAGAUGCAGCACGAGAUUGUGAGGUUGUUAUUUAUUCUUCGCCAGAGAAGCCUUCUUAUAAAUACACCGACUACGCCAGCAAUCCCUCGUUUGCUGCCGGUAAUUCGUGUGACGAAUAUCCGUUUGCGAGCACGCUGGAGGGUCAACUGGCCGCUCAGGACGCAGCUGCCACUCGUUGCGUCCCCAGGGGAGAAAACUCAUCUCAAGGCGGUAAAAUCUCUGGUUUUUACCGCAACAUCGCAGACGGCACACAGUUCACCGUCGGCUUUAGCUUCGCAGCUGGAGCGACCGGAUUUUGUAAGGCCAAACCAAGUUGUGCGAUCGGAGCAGUUUCAUUACUUUUCAACGUCGUCACGCCGACAUCGUUCUCUUCUACUAUUGGCUGGUGUCCAAACGAUGCCGAGAUCGUCGCUGUCGGUGGUGAUUCGGCGGAGAUAGGAACGAGUGAAGCAUCACGUUUAGCUUGCAGUGCUUGCCUUAGACUGCCACAGAAGCACACAAUCCGGAGACUCGGAUGUUUGGUCUUGGAGGGGAUGAAUGGAGGAGUCUUACGUUCAUCGGGUGACAGUCACGGUCGAGAGUGGCUGGCAGGCAGGAAGUAUGGACGUAAAGCAUAUUCCGAUAUUCCUGUGAGCGAGGAAGAAUUCACCGGCUGGCACACUCAAGUGAUUUCAAUAUAG